GAGAGAGGGGAGGGAGGAGGCGGUCAAGUUAAGCAUCCAAAAGCAAAAGCAGGCGGAGGCGGAGAGGAAUCGCCGAUCCGGACCAUGGACACCAACUGGCGGCCCAUCCAAGGGUCGGACCCUGCCGCCGGCGGUGACUCGCCCCCACCGGAUCAGGCGAUUGGCGCGCCAAUCUGGAUCCAGCCCCAGGCGCGCACCAGGAUCGUCAAUAAGAUAUCCGAGGCUCUGAAGAGGCAUCUGCCAGUAUCUGCAGUGUCUCACCCAGAUGGACUGAACAAACUUCAACAAAUCGCUGUGCGAUUCGAACAGAGGAUCUAUGAUGCAGCAACCAGCCAGUCUGAUUAUUUCCGCAAGAUUUCUCUGAAAAUGCUCGUUAUGGGGACCAAGACACAACAGGCUCCUGGAAAUGAUCAAGUGAUUCCAAAUCAAAACAACUCCGGUGUCAAUCAAACAUCAAAGAUGCAGAAUAGGUAUGCCAUGGCACAGAACGCAAUUAAUAAUGGCUUGGAACAAGGCACUUCACAAGAUAUUUAUGCUGCACAAAUACGAAUGGUAGGAAGGCAGCAACAGCAACGAUCUCAACAAUUAAUUUAUCACAGGCAUCAACGGCCUUCUCUUCAGAGGCACCAGCCCAAUAUUACUUUACAACCACAGCAACAGCAUGCUCAGCAGCCCGCAAUGGGUUUGAUGCAACCUCGGUCUCAACCCAACCAACUUCAAGAAUCGCAACAGCACAUUAUGUCGCAGUUCCAGGCUCAGCCUAACCAACUAAAAAAGCAAUUAGGGAUGCACCAGCAAUUCUCCAUGCAGCAAAGAGUUCAAACUUCAGGAGGCAUGCUCUUGCAGCAAAAUAACAUGGAUCAGAAAAAUGUAUUUAUUCAGGCACAGAAGGGCCUUCAAGAGGCUUCCUCUAGUACAUCCGCGGACUUUACUGCUCAAUCAGGCCAUGCAGGUGCACGUGAUUGGCAAGAGGAUAUAUAUCAAAUGAUUCAGAGCUUGAAGGACCAAUACUUUGCAGAACUUAUUGAAUUGUUCAAUAAGAUAUCUGUGAAGCUACAUCAUGUUGACAGCAUUAUACCACGUCAAAAGCCAUCUGAACAGUAUGAUAGAAUGAAGAGCUUUAAAAUAAUGUUGGACCGUAUAUUACAAGUGCUGCAAAUGAGCAAGAGUACUAUCCAACCUGCUAUGAGGGACAAAAUUCCUCAAUACGAGAAACAGAUUAUCACUAUCUUGAAUUCACAAAGGAAGCCAGUGCAGCCACAAGUACAACAACAGCUCCAGCCACCUCCAGGUAAAUAAAUAAUGGUCUUUUGGAGGAGACCCAGGAGAUAAGCUAACAGUAUGUAUGCUCAGAAGAGUGGUGGAGGAAGCUUCAGUUGAAGCUUCAGUUGAAGCUUCAGUCAGCAGCAUGGUUGCUCGGAAAGUUACAUUUUUUUUAUGAGGCCAAGUUCCAUCGUGGUUAUACUCGUGUGUUGUAUUUAUAGAAGAAGCUCAAUGUUAGCUUGAUAUGUUAGAGGCUCUUUUGUGCUAUACUAUUAUUCAUAUUGUUAUAAGUAGUUGUGAGUAAAUAUAUUAUUAAUAAAGAGAAAAGCUAAGGGCUCACUUGAUUCACAGGAAUACCAUAGGAAUUUUGGAGGAUUUGACCCAUAGAAAUUCCCAUGGAUUGAUUUGCACUCCAUUUUGGGAAAAAUUAACAUUGUUUUUCCUGUGGCAUCAAACACUAUUUGAUGAAUGAUGUUUGCCAGUCUGUUGAAAUUCGCUUCUGAUUGGCAGAUGCAGUCUUCUUGAAUACAAA